AUGCGAGCAUUCGUUCCCUCCCUUCUCGUUGCAGGCGCGACAGCGCAGAGCAUCAGCUUCGUCUAUACCGCGACGUUUACCGAGACGGCCUUUGCCUUUGUCACCAUCACGACAUGCCCGUGCCCGACGAGCACGACGGGCUUGUCGACCCUGCAAACGACGACUCCCUUGACGACAACAACAGCGACAACGUCUGCGACCACUACCACGACCACGACCACGACCAUUAGUGGCCCGAUCCUGCCUCCCGACACCAUCACGUCAGCCUCGUCGACCAUCACCACCUUGCCCGGGUCCAACACCCCUGGAAGUUCCAUCUCGACCCUGUCCACGAUGACGACGACUUCGUCUUCGGGAAUCCCCGUCGUGACCAACGACGCUUACAUCAACGCCGUCCUGCGCCACCACAACAUCCACCGGACCAACCACUCGGCGGAUCCGCUCGUGUGGUCAUCGAGCCUGGCCGACACGGCUCGACUGAUUGCCGAGACGUGUGUCUAUGGACAUGACACAACCAUCAACGGCGGCGGCUACGGCCAGAACAUCGGGGCCGGCUACCCGGGCACACCGCUGGGCAUGGGUCAAUUCGUCACCGAGGGCCUCUACAACAGCGAAGUGAACAACUACGUCGCGUACGGGACGGAGCCGGACGUCAGCACCGUCGGCCUGUGGGGCCACUUCACCCAGAUCGUGUGGAAGGCCAGUGCCGCCGUGGGAUGCUACACGGCCGACUGCACCGGCAGCAGUGGGGGACUGGUCAACGCGGGGCCCCCGAUCUCGCCCUUCUUCACCGUCUGUAAUUACGCGCCGGCCGGUGAGUAUAACCUGUCCAUAUCUACCUACAUAUCCACGAGCCUACCUGCCUGCCUGCCUGCCUGCCUGCCUGUGCCUGGCUACGUGCCUGUAAACUAUGUAGUAUCGAGAAAACCAAACCCCCUUCCCCUUCCCUCUUCCCACCAGUCCCAGUCCCCAGCGGAUCUGGUUCCUAGCGAAUAUUCGACUCGAGCUAAUGUUCCCUCGAUUACCGUCAAACAGGAAAUCUCAUCGGAUCGUUCGCCCAGAAUGUCGGCGUGUCGAUCGGUCUGCCGACAGUAUUUGGGGAUUAUUGAUCCUCUGAAAAACACGCCGAGGAGUGGGGAGGAGGAGAGGGAAGAGGAGGAAGAGGAGUGA